AGGUCCAAAACCCUUCCGUUGGCGGCGACCCCUUUCCCAAUUGAAGAGUCGUUGUCUCCCCCAUCUCCUCGUUCUUUCUCAGUCCCUCUUCUCUCGCAGGUUCUGUUGAGCUUGGAACAAUGCUGCGCAGAAAUAUCCGCUUGAGGAGAGAGUAUCUAUAUAGAAAGAGUUUGGAAGGAAAAGAGCGUUUGCUUUAUGAGAAGAAGCGCAAGAUAAGAGAAGCUCUUCAAGAAGGGAAACCAAUCCCCACUGAGCUUAGAAACGAGGAGGCGGCCCUUCGCCGAGAGAUUGACCUCGAGGACGAAAAUACAGCUGUUCCAAGAACUCACAUUGAUGAUGAGUACGCAAGGGCUACGGAAAAAGAUCCAAAAAUUUUGCUAACCACAUCUAGGAAUCCAAGUGCUCCUCUUACACAGUUUGUAAAGGAAUUGAGUAUUGUCUUCCCAAAUGCACAAAGAAUGAAUCGAGGUGGUCAGGUUAUCUCUGAGAUUAUAGAGACAUGCCGUGCACAUGACUUCACAGAUGUUGUCUUGGUCCAUGAACAUCGUGGUGUGCCAGAUGGUUUAAUUAUUAGCCACCUACCAUUUGGUCCAACUGCAUAUUUUGGACUACUCAAUGUGGUCACAAGGCACGACAUUAAAGAUAAGAAAGCUGUUGGCACCAUACCUGAGGCCUAUCCACAUUUGAUUCUUGAUAACUUCUCAACUAAGGUAUAG